CGAGAACUAGUGGUUCUCUUCCUCUGUUAAACGUAAGUCACAAACUAGGAAAGGUCUCGUUUUUAUGUAACGACCUAUAUUUUAGAGAGAGAGAGAUAGCUUCCCAUGGCGGCCCUUUUGAGUUCAUCUCUCUCUUUGCCUCCUAACAAGGUGAAUCAUGCUUACAGCAUAGGCACAAAUACAAUAUUGGCCAAACAUUUCCAACCUUUUACAAGAAACAUUGAAAUUCAUGGAAAUCAUUUGCUGAUGAUGAAUGCCAAGUUAUCUACAAACACAGAUACCCUUUCAAAUGAUUCCUCCACUGCCGAUUCUACUGACCUUGACAAUGAUUAUGGAGUUGUUGGCAUGCAUCAUGUGGGUAUACUAUGCAAAAACCUGGAACAAUCGAUUGAUUUUUACCAGAAUUUGUUGGGUCUUGAGAUAAAUGAAGCAAGGCCACAUGAUAAGCUUCCAUAUAGGGGUGCAUGGUUUUGGGUUGGUACUGAGAUGAUUCACUUGAUGGAACUACCAAAUCCGGACCCUUUAUCAGGACGCCCUGAUCAUGCUGGUCGUGAUCGUCACGCAUGUAUUGCCAUCCAGGAUGUGUCCAAGUUGAAAACUAUUCUUGACAAAGCCGGCAUUCCCUAUACCCUCAGCCGCUCUGGAAGACCGGCCUUAUUCACUCGUGAUCCAGAUGGUAACGGUUUGGAAUUUACACAAGUGUAGUUGGUACAAUUACAAUAUACAAUUGAUUUCGUGUUAAAACUUAAAGUAUUGUACAGACACUAUGGUAUCACUACAUGAUUGCUGAAGAUCAAAUAUAGAAUACACAGACAUUGAUUGGACAUCUUUCAAACUUUAGGCAUAAUUCGAUUGCAGUGUUCAUAUUAAGGUGUAACUUUGACAUUUCUUUCGUAA